AAACACGUUUUAAAAGUGACGACUUUAAUUGUAUUCAUAAAACGGCGGCAAAUUGUGUUUAUUUCGUACUAUGACAACAAGGGCGACAACCACUUGUAAAAAACAAUGACUACAUGAUAAUGGACGAGCUUUGGAAAGACAAAAUAUUUUGGACUCAAGAGAAAUGCAGAGAAAAAGAAGUUGAGCCCGAGAAAAGUGACAGUGAUUUUGGUCAGACUAAUAACGUCAAAGAAAUUCGUGUGUCAGACAGUCAAACGACAGGACUUGAAGAUGGAGAGGCUGAUAAAGACGAGGGAAAACCAGAGGAAGUGGAAGCUUUCAAGUCCAUAGAAAAUAAAGUCAUAGGGUUGUACUUUGCUGCAGACUGGUGUAUUCCGUGCCAAGAGUUCACAUGUUUAUUAAAACAAACCUAUGAAGAACUGAAAGAACGUGUAUCACCAUUUGAAAUUGUCUUUGUCAGUUUUGAUAAGAAAAUAGACGAUAUGAAGACUUUCUUCUCAGAAAAGCAUGGUGAUUGGUUGUCUGUGCCAUAUAAGGAUCCGUUAGUUGAUGUACUAAAAUCAAAAUACGAAAUUAAGGCGAUUCCAAAGCUGAUAAUAAUUAGAGACAAUGGAACGAUAAUAACAGAGAAAGGACGUAAGGACAUUCAAGACAAGGGCAUUAUAUGCUUUCGGGGUUGGUUGCAGAAGGCUAACUUGUCGGCAACAAAACCAUCUGAAAAAACUUUAGACAAUGAGAAACAGGAUGAGACAAAACCAGUUGAGAAAAGCAUUGAUAAAGAGAAAACCGUCAGUUUUAAAGAGAACGUCUCAAGUAUUACUAUUGAGUGAACUAUAGUAUCUUGUAUAUAUCUGGAAGCUUUUUCCUGACAGAGAAAGAUUAACUCACUUGUAUUUGUAUAAGUUGAUAAAUAAUUAGAAAUUGACAUCUGAUUUCAUAGUCACAGGAGGCCUCGGUGCUUUUUAUGAAAUUUUCACUGAUAUUUAUUGCCAAUUUUUUUUAUAUCUUGCCAUAUAUUUAAUAUCUUACCAAAAACCGAUUUUCAGCAAAUUUGUGUGUAAAUUCUUGCCAGACUUUCAUUUCAUUGUUAUACUAACCUAAUAGAAGAAGCAUGCACGAGACACCACUCCGCAGAUAUGAAUGCAUAUAUAGGCUAGACAAAAUAAUAUUAAAGCAGUAAGACAACCGUAAUCAACUACUUUUGUAUUCUGAAAAUACUUUUCCCUAUUGAACAAUUAUACUUCAUGCGCUUCUAAAACAAUACAUAUGUCAGUUUCCUGCCAUUUAAUAUUUUUUAUGUAAUGU